UGCAGUACUCUUGACAGAUCAGAAGUGCCCCACACCAGCCCUCAGCUCUCUCCUCUCCCGGUCACAUGCACUCAGUGAAUCAUGUGAAGAAGCGGUGAAGAGUUUGAUCGCGGUUUCCUUCUUUGCACUUGGUUGCGAUUUGGGGUUUCGUGAUUCGUGCAGACGUCCACACAGGAGAUGCUGCCAUGUCCCGAGUUCUGCUCCCGCGACUGAACGUGUGCUGGAUGGCGGUGCUGGUGCUCGCGCACCUGGCCGUGGCGUCCGCUGCGCGCGCGCACACCUGCAGCGAGGUGAAAACUGCUUUCCAGCUGCGGCAGAUCGGUCCGGUGAAGUGGGUACCGGAAGCACCUGCCACAGAUGCGAACCUGUUGGUGUGUAAGCAUGCUGGACCAUCCUGCUGUAAUCGUAAGAUGGAGGAAAGCUACAAAGUGGCAGCCUUGAGGGAUACUGUUCAGAAUAUCAAGUCAUACACCUUCGAACUCAAAUACCUGCUCUCGAGCCAUGCUGCUGCCUUUCAUGAUACAUACCAGUCAUUGUUCACUUUCUCCCAAGGCCACCUGCUCUCUCUUUUCGAGAGCACCUACACCUCUCUUUCUGGUAGAAUUGCUCCCCAUGUCAAUUCCCUCUUCUCCAGUCUCUCCACUUUUAUCCAGGACACCUCCAACACUUCUGUGGAUGCCACUGUCUACCGCUUCUACGACGACCUGUUCAUGUUAGUCCACAACCACAUCAUCAGGCCGGGCACUCUUGAGGAUAGUGACCUCUCUGAAUGCCUCCGUGCCACUCGCCAGGACGUGAAUCCGUUCGGCCGUCAUGCUCAAGCUAUGGUCGAGGAGUUAGCAGGUGCCAUGGAGGCCGCUAGGACGUUAACAAGAGCAUUCUCCAUGGGUGAAAACUUGAUGAAUAUCACAGAAAUGGCACCAUUGACCAACGAGUGUAAACGAGCACUUCUAAAGAUGCAAUACUGCCCGCAUUGCCAGGGUUUAACUCUCAUACGUCCUUGUCUUGAGUUCUGCCUUAAUGUAAUGCGUGGAUGCCUGGCCAAUGUGGCAGAGCUAGAUAUGCCAUGGAGGCAGUAUGUGGCUAUCCUGGAGGACCUUACACACAAAGUCGCUGGAGAACACAGCCUGGAACUUGCCCUCCUUGGGGUUAAAAGUCAUGUUAAUGAUGCCAUCCUGCACGCACAGCUACAAGAACCCAGAAUCAGUGCUACUGUGGAUAAAGUAUGUGGCCAGUCUGUAACUGAGAUGCAAACUGCUCACCCCAACACUGCUAGGAUGAUUUCCUCAGCAACACUUGGCCCAGAACCCACAACUAACCAGUCAGACUCUAACAUCGGGAAACAGCUGGAAAGAUUAUCCCAUCUACACAGCUCUCUCCCUCUGAAACCCAACAAACACAAUAAAGAUAGAAGUCUAAAAGAGAUUUCUCGGGAGUUCAUCAAGUACAUCGUACGCUACAAGGCAUUUUUUGCAGCCCUUCCAGAGAUGCUCUGUGAAGGAGAGGUGGUGCGAGAUGAACCCACGUGCUGGAGCGGAAACGACGUUGUGGAGAGUUAUAAAGGGCGAGUGGUGGGCAACGGACUUCUUGCUCAGAGAAAGAAUCCUGAAGUGAAAGUCAAAGUUCCAGAUGUUCAACUAGCAGAAAUCAAGGAGAGACUUGAGCACUUCAACCAGGAGACACAACAGCGUAUGCCAGGACUGGGACACAGGGAUUCAUGGGAAGACCUGGGCAGUGGUGAGGACAGCAGUGGAGAGUGUGACGAUGAGGAUGGUUGCCAGGGGUCAGGGGAAGGCACAACUAAAUCCUCUAACACAGACUCUAGUGUCGACACUGAGGUGGUGGUGAAAUCUCCUCCUCACAAGGCUCCUGUUGGACGUUUCAAACCUGAUCGCAGCAGUGCCCCUCAUCUUGUUCUUUCCUCCUUCACCACCCUUAUCCUCAUCCUGGGACAGCUAUGGACCUUGAACUGAGAUGUUGAGGAUAUGCAGAAUUAUGCAUAAAAAAAAAGAAAAAACACACACAAGAUCUUCUUCUGUCUGGAUGCUUAUGUCUAGCUCCAUAUUGUCUUCCAAGACUGCUGCCAUUUUUCAUGGCAGCAAAGAUUUAAUAUAUUCUUAAAACAUGUUCUUUUACAUGCACGCACACACACACACACACACACACACACACACACACACACACACACACACACACACACACACGCACACACAUACAAUCAAGCAUAUCAAUAGUCAUAACUUCUUUUAAUCAUAUUUUCUCAGAUUAAAUGUUACUUAAAUAUCACUUAACCUUCAACCAGUCAGCGAAAUGCAUGACAGAAGCACUUCUCAAAAAGCUAUGAUGAGCAGGGAAUGUUCUUGUUAACACAUACACACAGUGGAAGGAAGAGAAAUACAGUAUAUAUUGCUAUGCUUAAUUAAGUACAUUUAUAGUUAUGAUUCCAUAGUAAAUAAAUGAAAAUACCACAUUUAAUCCCAACCUAUUGUAUUUAACAUGACCCACUUUAAUGCACACGGAAUAACACGUUUUAACCAUCAUGGCAUUGAUAGAGUCAACAAAAAAUGCAUCAAUUAUCUGUUUAAUAGUUUCAGUGUCAUUUAUUUAAAUAAUCACUUUAUCAACGCCAAUAGAGAGAAACUAGUAGGGUCAGAUGUGCCAUGUGACUUUUAAAAAUGUACUGAUAGCAAUGGAUAUGCAUCGCUUAUACUGUAUGCAAAGAUUUUCAGCAAUUCUGCAGAAUUCACCUUGGCGUUAAUAUGUGGAAUAUUUCUUCUUGUUGUAUGUUCACCUUUACUACCUAAGUUACUACUAUUAUUGAUGGGCUAGCUAAUUUCCAUUCACGCUAACAUAUUUCUGACUUGUCAUAUCAAGUCAGGUGUUUGGUCACACAGGUUAAUUCUGCUCUGUGGCCAAUAGAGGGCAGUAAGUGAAAGGUAUCAAUUGCUUAAUUCAGCGGCAAAAAUAUUCCUGACUUGAGGAACUUUAUUUCUUUAACAUUGUUGCAAAAAUGAGGCUGAGCGUUUCCUUUUUCUUAUUAUGUCAUGAAUCUUUAUUUACUUGUUGAAUUAUUCUAGAAAUAGAAUUCAAGCGUUUUUCCCUCUCAUCCUCGUAAAAAAAAAAAUAAAAUAAAAAACUCACACUGGCCAUAUCUCAGCAACAAACUUGGUAUUAAAAUGAAGGUCAUUGAACCCAAAUCACCUAAAAUGCAACUUAAUACAGUAUCUGAUCUGAUACUGUAUGACUGGUCACACUUUACAUUUAAAUAAGCAAUAAUGGUAUAUUUAAUGUUUUUCUCCUUUCGUAUUUGCUGAGACAGAACCAUGUUGCACACCUUUAUGUAUUUUUGCAUAGCAUUCUGAUGACAGUUCCAUGUUUCUAUUACUGGUAAGAAAAUGCUUUGUGUUUUUCUCUUUAACGUUAUCGACAUCAGAUGCACAGUGAACAUUAGCAUAGCAUAUGUAUAAAUGUAUAUAUUUAAGGUCAUUCACUGUUUUGUCUGUGCAUUUUUUUUCUUUUGUAUUGUGAAAGGUGCAGUGAGAAAAGCAAUGAAUUCUUGUAGUGCUUUUUACAGAAAGUUUAUAUUCCCACACUUCUGGAAUGAUUUACAUUUGAGAUUCCUUUGGCCUUGGAAUCUAAGCGACUAAAUAAAACAAACAAACAAACAAAACAAAAACAGACAAUAACAGCCACUUCAUUUAAACCUGCAAGACUCAAAUUUUUCCCUCUUGUUUUCACAUUAACAACAUUUUUGUAUUUUUUUUCCCUUCAACUUAAAGAAACAGCAAUAUGUAUGUUUAAUAAAUGCCCUUUGCUUGUACUAAUAUGAAGAUGGAAACCCUGUCCAUGAAGGAAUUUAAUAAGUCACAUUGCAAGUGCAAAAAUGAUUUGCUUUGCAUUUAGUCCAACAUUUAAUUUUCACCUUUAAAUAGAAACAGUCUUGCAUAUAUUGUUGCAUAUUGCACAUUAAUUAAGGUAUGUUGCCUUGAUAGUAAACAUUGUUAUCAAGUUUGUGGAAGUAACUCACUACAUGUUCUGCUUUUUAAUCAACUAAAAAAUCUACCUAAAAAAAAAAAAAGGCUUUUAUUACUGAACACACAAUGAAUUAUGUGUUAUGGUAUACUGAGUCCUUUUGCAUCUUCAAAAACUGUGGCUAGAAAGUGACAAAGUUGAACCUAGAGUUCCUUUAAUUGACCUGUUUUCUUAAUAACACUUGGGGCAGAAAUAUACUUGAUUUUAUGCAUGCAUGAUGGGUGCCUUAUGUAUCAUGUAUUCGUUUGGUGCAUAGCUUGUGCAUGUCCUCAGAAAUUAAUGUGAUGUGCCUAUACGUGCCUGCAAGAUGACAUGCCAUGCAUGUAAAUAGUAGGGGCAGUAUAGUCAGCAGGCACAUCAGAAAUGGCUGAAGAAUUUGUUCCAAAAGUUCCUGAGUGUAGGUGUAUGAUGUAUCUUAGAUGCUGCACAGUCACAGACAAAUAUGCAUGUCAAAAACACUUGGCAUGCGAUAAGUUUUUAGCAAAAAAAAAAAUUGCUUCUCGAAUGUUGCGAGAUUUGUUUACUUGAUGCCAAAUUGUCUGAUGGCAGACAGUGCCCCCCACUGGAACACUGUUGUGCUUUGAUUUAGCUAAACAAAUAUGUUCAUGACAUUGAAGGUUGACGGUCGGCUACACAAAUGCAUAGUUUAGCAGCAAAUAUAUUUCUGCCCUUUCUUUCAUUUUAUUUUUGAUUAUGUGCCAUCAAUAUGUGGGUUAAUACAAAUGUAUGUAGCCUAAGCCAAAAGUGAAAACAUGUUUUAAAAUAAAUUUAAUUAUGAGGUGAUUUAACAAGACAUGACAUUAAUCUGAAAAUCUGACUCAAGUUAAUUGUCAGUUAACUGAAUGUACAGUAUAAUAACAUAACUGUCCUGAAUUUAAGAUUUCUACAUUACAUGUUAAUGUAAGUCAACUUACAGUACAUGCUUAUUUGAAACAUGGUUGUAUAAGUACAGUAUGUUGGACACCUUUAAAAGCCUUAUUUGUUUGUGCUUGUUUAAACAGGGGGCCUUGCCAUAAAGUCAUUAUUUCUACGUACAAUUUCAUUAACAUGUUGUUUUAAAUAAAUCUCUACAUUUUA